GUACGAUUCAGAGAUCUAUUUUUCGUAAACAAACGUGGAGUGGACAAUAUCUUCAUUUUACCAGUUUUGUUCCUAUCCAGUAUAAACGUUCCCUAGUGAAAUGUUUGUUCUCAAGGGCCCGAAAAAUAUGCACGAGUGACACAGUGAUGGAUGAGUUUCGACAUAUACAUUCAGUUUUAUUAGCUAAUGGUUAUCCGGAAAACUUUAUCACUUGUCACAGUAAAGAAAGACCACAUCUCGAAAAGACAGCUUCGGUACCAAAGAAAGCUAUCUUUAUAAACCUACCAUUCAAGGGUGAUCAGAUUAUGCAGUUGACAGCUCAAAGACUCCGGUCAGCCAUCAAACGCACAUUCUACGCCGCAUCUCUUUUCCUCACUUGCCGAACAUUUUCAAUCCCUGUACCUACGAUUAAACGACGAAAUUCUGUGGACUCUACUUCAAACUGUAUCUACAAGUUCACCUGCAGCUGCGGUGACACCUAUAUAGGUAGAACCAACAGAAUGUUCCAAUGUCGUCGGAAAGAACAUGUUCCAAAAUGGCUACUAAAUCACAUAGAAAAUCCCAAUGCCAGUAAUCUGAAUAGAAAUCCAGCAUCAUCCAUUGCAAAACACUUAUUAAUGUCAGGUCACAAAAUAAAUAUUAAUGACUGUUUUACAAUUAUUUCACAUAACUCUAAUUCAAGGUUAUUGAAGGUGAUGGAAGCACUUUGGAUUAAUCACAUACAGCCUAAACUGUGUGUACAAAAAUCAAUAGACUUCAAUCUUCGCCUACCCUGGACUACUUGACCUAUCUAAAUAUGAUUGGUCAUUAGUAUGUACUUUUGUUUUUAUUUAACUGAGUAAUUGUCAUGAACUUUAUUUUAUUAUUGUUAACCAUGUUAGUUGUAAAGCGGUUGUAAAGAAACUACGAAAUGAUAUCAUCUCGCGAAAUUUGUCUUCUUAAUGCCUUAUUCAAAUUUAUCAAAGGGACUAAUUGUUUCACUUUUCUCAAACGAAGGCUCCCGAAAGAUACUAUAAGACUUCUGAACCGUCUUCUAGAUCUGAGAUGUAAAAUUGUUAUUCAGCGUGAACGACUAAGGUUUUAUCGCAACUGCAUCCAAAAUAAAAAUUUUCCUAUAUCAUUUUACAAAUCACUACGUCGAAAUAAGUCAAAAUCUUCACUCUCCAAUCUUCAACAUCUUGCUGAAUUAGAAAUUGAUCAAAUUAAUGACAAACUUUCGAAAUUUAUUGAAACACACCAAAGACUAAUUCCCGUUAUGGAUAAUUUAUCUUUAGUAUGUCGAAUUAAAUUCACUGUAUUUUGCAAUGAUAUGGUAAAAAAGACUAUAAUUUCCACGGAACAAAAAUUAACAAAAUCUUUGAAAGAAACGAAUCAUAUUUUGGAAUUUCCUCAAGAUAUCCACAAGCAUAUAAUUAAUUUAUCUAACUGCACUCUAUCCC